AUGAAUCACAGAACCUCCAAGUUUCUAUGGGGAGUUUUGUGGGUUAUUUUCUGCGUUAGCGGCGUCGAUGCAUUCUCCUGGGGCAGCAACGGAGACAGAUCCAACUUCCCUCGGUCCUUGGUAGAGCACAUCGUGAACCCCACGGUUGCGGCCCGGGACAAGUCGCGCCUGUCAAGUGUCUUCGACGUCGCUAUGCAAGAGCUUCAAGAUCUCGAGUCCGAACCCUUGUGCCAUCGUAUCGCCGCCCGACUACUGGUUAACAAUUGUCAGCUACUCGACGGGAAAGACGAUGCUACCGUCCUCAUCGAUAGCGGUAGACAGGUUCGUGACUUUGUCGACUCUUAUGCAGCCAGUCUCGCCAUUUGCGACCUCGAAAGAGGCAGUUUUGUCAUCCCCUCUGGCUGUACGCCGUUCCGAGAGUACUCUUUGAUCAGUCUCCCUGACUCGACAAUCCCUCGACUUCACGUUUCCCCUCAACAGAUCGACUCGUGUCUUUCGGGGCUGGCCAAGUCAGACUCGGCAUGGAAUACUUGGGUCAGCUAUCGCCACAAGGCUUUGAGGUUCUGCGAGGCUGCUCGUGCAGAUAACGACAAAGCCCAGAGUAUUCGCCUGCACCAGCGGCUCACAGAAGUUCUGUCCAAGCUCUCUGAGGGGGUUGAGCGUGAACUUGAGGCUCGAUUCGAGACCAUCAACGCGCGAGCGACAGAGGCGACGAAACGGCUAGAGAAAAUGAUCCCUGACAUUGACCGACUGCGAGACACACUUCAAGACUUGGACCACACGAUUUCUCAGAAUGUGAUGCAGAUGGCCCAGGAAUCAAACUCUGCGAUGAAAAGCGGUCUUGAGGAUGCCCAAACCCUCCAACAGUUGCUGAGCGUUCUUCUCAAAACAUUCUUGAGCAACAAUGCCGAAGUUGCAGCGUCUCAAAAAGUGGCACUAACAAACUUCAAGGACCAUGCUGAGCUCGAAGUUGCUGUUGUCAUGUCCGCGCUCGCAACAGCUGCAGCGUCGUCUGUUUCCCUACAGAGUCAGAUGGGAUUGGAGAGACUUCUAGAUGUCACAGAAGACUUGUCGUCAAAGUACGAGUCCCAUACCGAUAAUCUAGAUCUGGCCCAGAGAUUGUCAGGCAGUCUAUUGGAGACACUAGACGAUAUGGUGAUCUCAACGUCUGACGUUCGUGGCUCUCUCAGCCGUCGAUCUAGCUGGACAAGCUGGCUGCCGUACCUCAUGUGUCCGGCUGCAUCCCUACUCAUGGGAUCGUACGGUCUACCGCCAUCCGCCGUUAGGAACUUUGGACUUAUAGUGCUAGGUAAGUUCACUGUCGGCUUCUUGAUGAAGGCGUGA